AUGGGGGGCAGCGCCCGGAACCCGGGAGUCCUGCAAAGGGACGACGCCCCCAGCCAGUCUCCGUACCAGCGGUUAAGUCAAAGGAUGCUGGACCUUUCCGGGGACCGGGGCGUGCUGAAAGAUGUCAUCCGAGAGGGUUCUGGAGAGCUGGUGACACCGGACGCUACGGUGCUCGUGAAAUAUUCUGGGUAUCUGGAGCACAUGGACAAGCCUUUUGAUUCCAAUUGCUUUAGGAAAACCCCUCGGCUCAUGAAACUUGGAGAGGAUAUCACACUUUGGGGCAUGGAGCUGGGCCUUCUGAGCAUGCGGAGAGGAGAGUUGGCCAGGUUUCUGUUCAAACCGACCUACGCUUACGGAAUGCUGGGCUGUCCUCCCCUGAUCCCCCCAAACACUACCGUCUUGUUCGAGAUCGAGCUGCUUGACUUCCUGGAUUCUGCUGAGUCAGACAAGUUUUGUGCCCUCUCAGCCGAGGAACAGGAUCAGUUUCCACUUCAGAAGGUCCUAAAAGUGGCAGCUACUGAACGGGAGUUUGGCAACUACCUUUUCCGCCAAAAUCGUUUCUAUGAUGCCAAAGUGAGAUAUAAACGGGCCUUGUGGCUUCUCCACCGGCGGUCGGCACCCCCUGAAGAGCGGCACCUGGUGGAGACCGCCAAGCUGCUUGUCCUCCUUAACCUGUCCUUUACGUACCUGAAGCUGGAGCGACCCGCCGUGGCCCUGCGCUAUGGAGAGCAGGCUCUGAUCAUUGACCAGAAGAACACCAAGGCCCUCUUCCGAUGCGGACAGGCCUGUCUCCUCAUGACCGAGUAUCAGAAGGCCCGGGAUUUUCUUGUCCGAGCCCAGAAGGAGCAGCCCUUCAAUCACGACAUCAAUAACGAGCUGAAGAAACUGGCCAGCUAUUACAGGGAUUACAUGGGUAAAGAGAAAGAAAUGUGUCACCGAAUGUUUGCUCCUGGUGAACAUGGCUCUACAGUAGGAGAAAACUAA